AUGACUGCUAAUGUGCCCGUCGACCUCAGCGAGCUAAAUGAUGCUUGCGAGAGUUCAGUGCCCCGGGAGCGGGAUGCCAUCGAAAUUGCCAUGGAUAGCAGUGAUAGCAGUAGCCUGCGCCACUGGGACACCACGGGUCAGCAGGAAGGCAGUGAAGCCAGUGAAGCCGAAAAUGAGAUGAUUGUGACAGGAACGGAUGAAACAGACCUGCAGAUCAAGGCAGUUAUGAAGCACAUGGCCCACAGCAUUGCACGUAUGGAGGCGUUCCAACAAUUCGGUGCAGCAUUGCGCCCUCGACAGCGCGGAUCUUUUUACCACAAGAGUCGCGAGAGCCAUAAGAUAUCAACUUUUUGGAGCCACUCUUGGCGUGGAGGGCAUUGGAGAAAACUCCUUACCCUCGUCAUCUUCUACAAUGGCACGGCCGCUGUAUCCUUGGGUUUCCUGGCGAGUCUUCUGGUGAUGCUGCUCUUUUUGUUUGGGCUGCUCCCUGGCUUAGAGCGCCCAUUUGGGAAUUUGCAGGUCAAAUGGUCAUGCUGGUCCCUUUGUUCAGGGUGUAUUGUCACCUCUUUGGUGACGAUUUUUUGGCGACCGCAGACUGAAGUCUUUUUAGAUCGAAUUUGCAUCAGCCAAGUUGGCAACUUGAAAGGUCAGGCCAUCUUUAGCCUGGCUGGGAUGCUUCAAAAGUCCGACAAACUGCUCAUCCUUUGGGAUCCGACAUGGACUGAGCGGUUGUGGUGCCGCUUCGAGCUUGCAGCCUUCUUGCAGAGCAAAAAGGCGACGCCAUGCGACCGCAAGAUUUUGAAGGAAUGUGUGAAGAUUUGGUUUGGCAGCGAGCAAGCUUUCGAGGACACCGUUCGUUCAGAGAUUCUGGAGAUUUUGAACCAUGACCUUAAUGAAAAAGUUUUCAGGCCUUGCGAUUUGGCUGCUGGCUGGUCCAGCUACAAAAGAAUUGGUCCUGUGUUUUUGCCGAAUGAUGCGAGCGUGGUCGUUGUUCAGCGAAUGCAUCGAGCUGCCGCCUUUUUGGGCUGCAUGCUGAUCCUUUCAGCCUGCGAUUUUCUGCUGGCAGUUGGUUUAAAGGCAUUUUGUGUCUCAAGUUGGAUGCAUUUGGGUGGCGGGUUGACCCAAGUUCCGGCUGCCAUCGGCUGCCGUAUCGAUCGAAAUCCUAUGCGGCACAUUUUGGGCACCCCAAGCGCGCCGCCGAGUCGCAAUGCCGCCGCGGUGGAUCCCGAGCGCGUCUUGCGGGAGCACCAGCGCUGCAGCAAAGUGGAGGCUGCGGUGUUAGACGACUUGGCAGAUUGCCUUCCCUUGGGAUGCAACGUGGCCUAUGCCUCCAACCCCGCCGAAGCGCAGAGGUCCGGCAGGGAACACUGGGCGUGGAUGGUCGUGGUUGAGGAGGAGGACGAGGAGGACGAGGAGGAGGAGGAGAAGGAGGACGAGAAGAGGGAGGAGAAGGAGGAGGACGAGGACGAGGAGGACGAGGAGGAAUUGCGCUUGCUGGGCAACUGGGAAUUGGUCCUGCGUGAAGGGCAGGUGUCGGCCACCCCAGCCAUGGACAUUGACCUGCUGAACCCAGAUGCCAAGGAGGAGAAGUGCAAGCACAAGCUGAAGCGCAUGAUCCAAUCUCCGAACAGCUUCUUUAUGGACGUGAAGUGCCCUGGAUGCUUGCAGAUCACCACAGUCUUCAGCCACGCGCAGACCGUGGUGCUGUGUGGCAAUUGCAAUGUGAUGCUUUGCCAACCCACGGGCGGUUUGGCGCGCCUGACGGAGAGCUUUGUGAUGGCGGAUCUGGACCUGGUGGACAGCCGUUCUUCACCGUCGCAGCGGAUCGUCGGGUCCGGGGACCGUCCGGGGUUCCGUCCUGGCCGAUCACCUGGAGACGCCAAGCGCGUCGCAGUGCUGAUUCCGGGCACUCAGACGCCUCAGGAUUGCGUGACGGAUCUGAAAGCCUUGCCGGUGAAGGUGCUGGCGGAUGGCAGCGACAGCGACUUCAUGCCCAGUUUGAUUGGCUGGGUACAUCGCGGGAUGAUGCGGCAGGCCAGCGCCAUUAUCCGCCUGGUGGGCAGUGCCCUGGAACGCUUUGAGAAGGACGGUUACGAGGUGCUAUUCAUUGGGCAUUCCUUGGGUGCAGGUGUGUCGGCCAUCGCCGGAGCAGUGGCGCGCUUGGGCAUCGAAAAGGUGAAGCUCAAGAAGGUUCGGAGCUUCUGCUAUGCCACCCCUGCCAUAGGCAAUGGAAGCUUUGGUAAGUACUGCGAGGGCCAUGCCAUCACCGUGAUCAAUUGCGAAGACAUCGUCCCCCGCUUGAGUUUGGAGACAGCUCGGAAGCUGCGAGAGGAACUCUCCACACGGCGUGAGGCUGUCAGGUUGUUCGUUUCCGAGGACAUUGCAGCCUUGAAAGAUGUGAACAACAUCACGGAGAAAAAGACGCGCAGCAAAAGCGCCAGUUUGAAAGCCAUGGAGGUGAAACAAGGUGAGGAAGCUGCAGAGGAGCUGGCAAAUUUGGGGAUUCCGGCACCCCUUCCUGGAACCUCUGCGAAGGUUGCUGCAGAGGUGCGAAUGUUCUUCGCAAAUGUUCACCUGGUGAAAGAUGUGAUGUUCUUUGUUGAUGGCAACCAAAAUCAGGUUGAGCGCAGCAAACCUGUUCGGCCUGACCAAAGCCACUGGUACCGCCAUGGUGGCCGUGGCCUCUCCCGCUACUUCCGCAGCCUCCGAAUUUACCUCGCCGGCCUCGAAGUACGACGCCUGGCCAUGACCUGGCGGCGAGGUGAAAGGCUAGAAUCCAACAUAGGUGAAGGGACCUAUGGAAAGGUGCACAAAGCCUUUCACGUCCGAAGCGGAGAAAUUGUGGCCAUCAAAAAGGCCAAAGAGACCGUCGCGGAUCGUGACGUUGGAGGGAUUGGCUUCACAGCCCUGAGGGAGGUGAAAGUCAUGCAAGCGAUCCAACAUCCCAACGUGAUGACCUGCUUAGACGUCUUCGUGGAAGGGCAGGCAGUGCAUCUAGUGAUGCCGUACAUGGAUACGGAUCUCAAGAAGAUCAUUGAGGACACGUCCAUAGACCUCACAGAGGUGCACUGCAAGUGCUUGGCGCAGCAAGUGCUUCAGGGCCUUGGAGCGUCCCUGGGCGUGGAUGGCGUGGACGUGACCCCUAACAACGUGCUGCUGAGCUUCCGGACGGGCCUUGCCAAGCUCAGCGACUUUGGCUUCACUCGAUCUCUAAGCUCCAAGCGUCCUAUGACCACCAUGUGCACCACGCUGUGGUAUCGUGCGCCCGAACUCCUCUUCGGUGCGAAGUUCUAUGGCACCGCUGUUGACCUUUGGAGCGACGGGCCGGCCUGGAGCUGCGGCUGCGUGAUCUCGGAGCUCGUCUUACGUCACCCGCUCUUCCCGGGCCGCCGGGAGUUUGACAUGCUGCAGAAGGCGCCGGAGCCCGGGGAGCCCGGUGGAGCCCGGGGAGUCAUUGAAUGCCGUGGCACACCCACCGAGGAGGUCUGGAAGGAUGUUUCGUCCUUGCCCAACUUCUUGGACCCUGGGUUUUUCACCCAUCCCUUUCCGCAUCCUGCCAUCCCCCCGUUGCCCGCGACACAGACGCCCUGGUCCGACGUCAGCAGCGCCUUCCGCCGCGUCAGCGAUACGUAUCGCCAGCUGCUGGAUGCGCUGCUGGCGCUGGAUCCGAAGCAGCGGCCCAAAGCGCAGGAGGCGUUGCGCCUGGAACCCUUGGGGGCCUUGAAACACAACUUCUUUACCAGCAAAAGUGACAGCUGUGAAGCUCACCAGCUUCCCUUCGUGCAAGGAGAAAAGAAUCGCAGGGACUGGGAGAUCUUAUGGAUCCAAGACCAUGGUCCCAAAUGGUGCCGCUGUUCUGUGGUUGCCAAGUUGCUCCCCACUGGUGUGGCCUUUGUGCUCUGUAGCCAGGUUUUUGCUUGGGGAGUGCAGCUUGGCUGGGUGGAGGCUGAGGAUUGUGGACUAGAGACUCUUUCAGUGUCUCUGCGCACCUUGGGUGGUCGUCUCCUGAAGAUGCAGUUGGAGUCGCAGCACCGGACCCCACUCAGUCCGCUGUUCUCGCAGCUCAAAGGUGUGGCUGCGCGCGUGGCUGGGUACCGGGCCGUUAAGGAGAGCCACGGCCUGGGAUGUCAUGGGAUGUCCCUUAAAUUGGAGGACCUUUUGGAACCGGAUGACACCGACCCCGCCUCGAUUCGGCUGGUGCCUCCGGGGCGCUUGAUCCACCUGGCGCGCUACUCCGGCGCACGUCGGGCUUGGUGGGUGCAGCGCAGUCAUCCGGUGCUUCAUCGAAUCCAAGUGCAUCACGGCAUCGGUCAAGACCAUUCAGGUGACAGUUACCGCGAGGGCUUGCAGGAGGCGCUUCUGGCGGCCAAUGGCAUUUUACCAAAACCUUGGGCACCCGUGGAUCAAGCGGCCACCUGCUCCUGCUGCUCCACGGACUUCGUUUGGUCCACCGUGCUGCGCAGCGAGCCACACCGCCUGGCAGCGCGCUGUCGCUGUCAUUCCUGUGGCGACGUGGUCUGCGAUGGAUGUUCUCAACGCAAGCUGCCCUUGCCACAUGUCGGCAUCUUGCGAGAGGUGCGUGUCUGUGACCGAUGCUUCUUGAAGCCAAAGACUGUGACGAGAUGAAAGGUUGACGGGCCCAACCGUGCGAUGCUGAGCUCAAGGGCCCGCUGCUGGUAGGGAAAUAAUGUUGUUUUUCCUUCACGAUG